AUGCAGAAAAUAGGAAACUCAAGUGAAAGUGUAUCAUUUGUUCUGGCUGCUUAUGGAAAUGUUGGAGCUUUUAAAUACCCAUAUUUUAUUAUAAUAUUGUUCUGGUAUGUCUCUAUAUGUGUGGCCAACACAGUCCUUAUUGUGGUUAUACAUGUGGACAGAAGACUGCAUGAGCCAAUGUAUAUUCUGCUCAGCAACUUAUGUGUGAAUGAAAUAAACGCCAGCACAUCACUGUAUCCUCUUUUGCUCUCACAGAUGUUCUCAGACAGUCAUGAAGUGACUCUGCCGUGGUGUUUUCUCCAGAUGUGUUGUAUGUACACAAGUGCUUCUGCUGAGUUUUGCAGUUUAGCAGCCAUGGCCUAUGACAGAUAUAUCUCAAUCUGUCAUCCAUUACGCUAUAAUGUCAUUAUGAACACAGAGAGAGUGUUUAUGUUAAUUCUGGUUGUGUGGAUGUAUUCAUUUCUUAGUUUUAUAUUCUCAUUUUCAUUCAUCUUCAGGUUGAUGUUUUGUGGAAAUAUUGUAAACAAUGUGUAUUGUGAUCACAAAUUAAUAAUUCGACUUUCAUGUUCAGUUUUAGUCCACAGCUUUAUAUCUGACAUAUUCUUUCUGUUACUGAGUAUUUUCAUACCAUUCAGUCUCAUUUCAGUUUCUUACAUGAAGAUUUUAGCAGUUUGUCGAAAAACAUCCACAGAAAACAAGCAGAAAGCCGUGACUACUUGCACCCCUCAGAUCAUCUCUGUGUCAAACCUGUUUGUCGGGUGUAUUUUUCACUCUACUGAUUUCAGCCUUUUAGCUGCUCAUGUGCCAGGUGAAGUCAAUAUCAUUUUAUCUAUAUAUCUCCUCAUUUGCCAGCCAAUGCUCACCCCAUUUAUGUAUGGAUUUAAUUUGCCAAAGAUAAGGCAAUCACGUACAAUGCUUCUGUUUAAGAGAAAAUCAAUAUCUUUGUUCAGCAAGAGAGUGCUUUAG